CGCUGACAAAGUUGAAGAAGAAAAGAAACCGAACAAUAGUCUAGGGUCUAGCUUAUUAAAAUCAGCUGGAUUGCUGGCUUCUAACAAGCAUUCUAAGCAAUCUAAGCAGUCUAGGAGGAGAGGUGCUACUGCUAAUGAGGAUACCAGCAUGAACGAGAGUGAUCCAGCUACACGCAGAUCGCAAAUACGUAAUAAAUCGAAUCCUCUUGCUCGUCCAUCUACUAGUGCGAGACCUAAGAAAGUUUCACUCAAUAGCCAACCAAUAAAGCAGAAGACUAGUACGAGUGAUAGGUCCGUUAUAGAUGCACUCACUAGGUUUUUGAAUACGCGUUAUGAUCCAAACCUCAAUUACCUCAAUUUGGAAAACAUGGGACAAGAUGAAAUACUCAAAUCCGCUAACUUCAUUCCACCUGGUUAUAAUAAACAGAAAUCACUAGCUGGACCUAGCUUGUUUAAGCUGAUUUCUGAGUUGUUCCCAGAAGUUAAAACAAUUUCAUUAGCUUCCAAUCACUUACGCAAUAUGAACGCAUUCAAGGCUUUACCAGAAUUUAUUCCAAAUUUGGUAAAUUUAAGCCUCAGUGACAAUGACAUACGUCACGUAGAAGACCUUUAUGCGUUAUGUACAUCAAAGAAGCUCAGAAAUCUCAAAGAAUUGAUAUUGUCAAAUAACCCAAUUUCAAGAUUUGGUGAUACAUGGAGAGCUAGAGUAGUUAGGAAGUUCCCAUCACUCGAACUUCUCGAUAUGAAGCCAGUUGAACGCUCAGUAAAGUUCGAUUUCGGUGAUGGUGUUAAAAUAGAUCCAAAGAAGGAGCGCACGCCAUCGGAAGCUACUGAAGCACUACCUGAGGUCUUCCCAAUUGGUAUUGUUGGAAGUUUCGGUAGGGAUAAUCCAGAAGUUGGACCCCUAGUUGGAGAAUUCUUGACUAGGUUUUUUAGUCUCUUUGACGGUGAUAGAAAUGCUCUAUUGGCUGCCUACACCGAGAAUGCAACGUUUAGUUUAUGCGUGAAUACCAAUACACCACCACGAGCUCGUAGGCAAAACCUCUACGAUGGGAAACCAAAAAUCAUGUGGAAACCAUACGUUGACAACAAACCAAUCGCUACAUCUAGAAAUUGCUCAAAAAUAUAUAGAAAUGAUAUGAGAAAUGAGAAAUUAUCAACUGGAAAUAAAAUGAUCAUUGAAGCAUUCAAGAUUUUACCAAAAACAACACAUAACAUUAGUGACGUAGAUAAGUUUGUUUUUGAUUGUUGGACAAUGCCUGGAGUUAUACCAUCAACGCCAGUCAUUUUCUGCUCAGUUCAUGGAGAAUUUGUUGAAGGUACAACAAAAGGUUUCAGAUCAUUCGAUAGAACAUUCAUACUUGCGCCUUCAACAGUAUCAAAGUUUGCAGCAGAUAGUGGAUGGCCAUGCGCUAUUAUUUCGGAUAACUUGAAUCUACGCUCUCUAAGUAAGAGUGACGCGUGGCAACCUGGUCCAAUUGAAACUAUGGAAAGCAGCAAGGGUAUACUCUUAAAGUUACCAAAGGAUCCACCAAGUAGCAUCUCGAAAGAUCAACAUAACAUAAUCAUCGAGUUAGCUAAAAAGACAAAACUUAACUACGAAUUUUCAAUUCAAUGUUUACAAUCGAAUAACUGGAGUUUGGAUAUGGCGUUACAAAACUUUGAAGCUGUUAAAACGUCUAUCCCACAAGAAGCAUUUUUGUAAAAAUAAUUCAUUUUACGUUUGAACCA